AUGAGCUUAGAUAUUUUAAAAAACAUAUCAUCUAGAAGUAUGGCGUUCGUGGGUUUAAGAAGUAGCCUAAGAAUACUAUGGGCGGCGGCGACGGCGAUGGUGUUUUUGACUCGAAGCAGCGCAGCACCGGCCUUCGGAGAAACUAACAAGGCCAUGAUGUACCUAGCACAGUAUGGUUACCUCAGCCCGUCAGUAAGGAAUCCGUCCAGUGGUCACAUUAUGGAUGAAGGCUCGUGGAGGCGAGCCAUUUCUGAGUUCCAAAGCUUCGCUGGACUUAAUAAUACUGGUGAACUCGAUGAAGAAACAGUUCAGCUAAUGUCACUGCCGAGAUGUGGAGUAAAAGACAAAGUAGGGUUCGGCGAAAGUCGUGCGAAAAGAUACGCUCUGCAAGGCUCAAGAUGGCGAGUAAAGAAUCUUACAUACAAGAUUUCCAAGUACCCGUCCCGCUUGAACCGCGCUGAAGUGGACACUGAACUCGCUAAGGCCUUCUCUGUUUGGUCCGAUUACACCGACCUCACCUUCACACAGAAGCGAUCUGGACAAGUCCAUAUUGAAAUCAGGUUCGAAAAAGGAGAGCACGGUGACGGUGAUCCUUUCGACGGCCCCGGAGGAACUCUAGCCCACGCAUAUUUCCCAGUUUACGGAGGCGAUGCUCACUUCGACGACGCAGAAGUAUGGUCCAUUAACUCAAGACGAGGGACAAAUCUCUUCCAAGUAGCAGCGCACGAAUUCGGACAUUCACUCGGAUUAUCACACAGUGACGUACGAUCAGCUUUAAUGGCACCAUUCUACCGUGGAUACGAUCCAGCCUUCCAACUUGACCAAGAUGAUAUUCAAGGAAUACAGGCAUUAUAUGGACACAAAACUCAAAUCGACAUCGGCGCGCCCAACCCUACGCUGCCGCGCAUCACCACGCCACAGCCUUCCGCCGAAGACCCCGCACUGUGCUCGGAUCCGAACAUUGACACAAUAUUCAAUUCCGCUGAUGGAGCUACUUUUGUAUUUAAAGGUGAUCACUACUGGCGUUUAACUGAGAACGGAGUAGCUGCAGGCUACCCACGCCUCAUAUCGCGCGCGUGGCCCGAGCUGCCCGGCAACAUCGACGCCGCCUUCACAUACAAAAAUGGCAAGACUUACUUCUUCAAAGGAUCCAAGUACUGGAGAUAUAACGGACAAAAGAUGGACGGAGAUUAUCCUAAAGAUAUCAGUGAAGGUUUCACCGGCAUCCCCGACAAUAUCGACGCGGCCUUAGUCUGGUCUGGUAACGGCAAGAUCUACUUCUACAAAGGCUCAAAGUUUUGGCGGUUCGACCCAGCGCAGCGCCCACCAGUCAAGGCUACUUACCCCAAGCCCCUCUCCAACUGGGAAGGCAUUCCUGACAAUAUAAAUGCUGCUUUACAAUAUACGAAUGGAUAUACUUACUUCUUUAAAGGAGGAUCUUAUUGGCGGUUUAAUGAUCGGACCUUUAGUGUGGACACAGAUAACCCAGCGUUCCCGCGCUCCACUGCAUAUUGGUGGCUUGGUUGCAGCAGCGCGCCACGAGGCACUGUCGGAGGUAACGCGCGGCUUUCCGACGCGCCUCACAGUGACGAGGACGUUGGCGACAUACUCUUUGAUGCAGGUAGGUUCGGGCCCCCAGAAACUAGCGAGGGGUCCUUAGUGCCCUUGAAUGAAGAGUGGGUAGACUACGAUGAAAGGACUGGA